ACCAGUAGGUUCUCUUCUCUCCACGCGAGUUCUCUCACCGGACGGUGAUGGUAAUCCGCUAUUUGUGUUAUUUCUCCAACUCAGCCCCUCGCCUUUUCGAAAAUUAUGCGCAUAAGCAACCGAUUCCCUCCAUUUGACCACAAAAUCAGAAAGAAAAAAAAACCCAAACUUUUAUCUUCUUUUCUUCCGUUUUCUAUGUGAAAUGAUCAUCCGAGUUUUUGAUUCGCCGUCGACUCUGACAAAGCUUGGACAUUGCAAUUCAUUGCCGUGAACGUACGUCAUAGACAGAAAAUGAUAUUACAUCUGCUUAGCAUACUAACUACUCAAAACCCUAGUUAAAAAAAUGAUAUCCAGAAAGCAGCAUAUUGCUAUCUUUACCACCGCAAGCCUGCCAUGGAUGACUGGAACUGCUGUGAACCCCCUGUUUCGUGCUGCUUAUCUUGCCAAAUAUGGUGAUUAUGAGGUUGUUCUGGUGAUACCUUGGUUGUCCUUGAAAGAUCAAGAAUUAGUUUAUCCAAAUAAGAUCACAUUUAAUUCACCAUUGGAGCAUGAAGAAUAUGUUCGUCGGUGGCUUGAAGAUCGAAUUGCUUUUGCAUUAAGAUUCAGUAUAAGCUUCUAUCCUGCAAAGUUCUCCCAAGAUAAAAGGAGCAUUCUACCUGUUGGAGAUAUCACAGCAAGCAUUCUUGAUGAUGAUGCAGAUGUUGCUGUACUGGAGGAGCCAGAACACCUUACAUGGUUUCAUCAUGGACAGAAGUGGAAAUCCAAAUUCCGGCAAGUUAUAGGUAUUGUACAUACCAACUAUUUGGAGUAUGUGAAGAGAGAGAAGCAUGGGCAGCUUCUUGCCUUCUUUCUCAAAUACGCUAAUAGCUGGGUUACUCGCAUCUAUUGCCACAAGAUUAUCAGAUUAUCUGGUGCUACGCAAGAUCUCCCACGGUCCAUCAUUUGUAAUGUUCAUGGAAGUAAUCCUAAAUUUCUUGAGAUUGGGAAAAGAAAGCAAGAACAACGACAGAGAGGAGACCAAUGUUUCACCAAGGGUGCAUACUACAUUGGGAAGAUGGUGUGGAGUAAAGGUUACAGAGAACUACUAAAACUUCUUUCAGAACAUCAAGAGAAAUUGUCUGAUCUUCAAGUGGAUUUAUAUGGAACUGGGGAAGAUUCUGAUCAAGUUCAACAAUCUGCAAGAAAAUUAAACAUGGAUGUAAGAGUUUAUCCUGGUCGAGAUCAUGCUGACAUAUUGUUUCAUGACUACAAAGUUUUUCUAAACCCCAGCACAACCGAUGUGGUCUGCACAACCACAGCAGAGGCACUAGCAAUGGGGAAGAUCGUCGUCUGUGCUGACCAUGUAUCAAAUGACUUCUUUAAGCAGUUUCCCAAUUGCCACACAUAUAGCGGCAACAAUGAAUUUGUAAAAAUUACACUUAAAGCUUUAUCUGAAGAGCCUGUUCCAUUGACCGAUGAGCAAAGGUACGAACUAUCUUGGGAGGCCGCAACCAAAAGAUUCUUGGCAGCUGUAGAGCUUAAUCAGAAAAUAUCUGAUAAAGUCCCUUCUUCCUUAAAAUCCAAGACACAAAAACUCCAGAGGAGCAUUGAAGAAGCCUCUGCAUUUUUGCAUCAAACUAUGUCUGGAAUUGAGACAGCGCGGUGUGCAUUUGGUGCAAUACCUAAAACUUUGCAACCUGAUGAGCAGCAAUGUGAGGAACUUGGUUUGGUACUUAACCGAAAGGAAAAUGUUUCUCAGACAUUGAUGCUGUAGUUAUCAAUGUAUGCCAAAUACAUGGUUGUAUAAAAGUUUACAUACAUAAAGUUGGGCAAUAUUUGAUUGUUGGGCUUUGGCUGAAUCUGUUGAUGUAUAUCAUUCCAUUCUUCUCA